GGCGUGGGUUAACUGUAACUUUUGCAUAAAUCAAAUUGGGAAAAAAGCAAACACAAAAAGCCAAAUUCGUCCGGCACAGACACAGCAAGGCCGCAACUCCCUCCCACCGCUCCCGGCCGGUUGCUCCUCCGCUCACCAAAAUGCAGAUGGAUUUUGCUUGAUGGUGAUCUUGAUUCUCGAUUUGUGUUUUAAUUAGAAAAAUGGUAACUGCAAGUUUUGUGUGGAAUGUGUGUAAAUCGUCGUUGACAUUUGGGUUAAUAGGUCUCACCAUAUCAGACCGUGUUGCUAGUAUUGUCCCUGUAAGGGGAUUCUCUAUGUCACCCACAUUCAAUCCUGACAAGACCACUUAUUUGGGAUUGUUUACUGAUGAUCAUGUCUUGGUGGAGAAACGUUGCCUCACGGAUUACAAGUUCUCACAUGGUGAUGUUGUAGUUUUCUGCUCACCAAGUAGUUACAAGGAGAAACACAUGAUAAAACGUAUAACCGGCAUGCCAGGUGACUGGAUCAGUCUUCCAUACUCAUAUGAUGCUGUCAAGGUUCCUGAAGGCCAUUGUUGGGUUGAAGGAGACAAUCCCACCAACAGCCUGGACUCCAGAUCAUUUGGCCCCAUUCCACUGGGGUUAAUUCGUGGAAGGGUUACACACAUUCUUUGGCCACCUCAAAGAGUUGGCAAAAUUGAUCACAGAAGCUUUCCUCAAGGUGGAUUUGCCUUCUAAGCUCAGUAUUCAUCAUACUUAAAGAGUGAGUGUGUGUAGCAUAGUGAGAUUCGUGUGCGUGUGUGUGCUUUUUUACCAUAAAAGUAUAUUGUAGACACAUAUUUUUAUAAGGUUUCAACCACAAACUUCUAACCACA